CUUCUGAAAUCAUGGCUUUUUCAAACCUAGAAGGAGUGUUUAAGUUAGCCCAAAGACCAGUUCACACUAUCAGCAAUAGAAAAGAAGAAGACAUUGAGCUGAAGGCAGACUCAAAAGGAGCUCUAUUGUUUGUCAAGGCCUGCGCAGAUUGCCACGCCAGCUUGAGUGAAAAGGCUGCCAAAGUUCUUCUUGAAGACUGUACUAAUUUGGUUCUGGACGUAAAAUCCACGCUAAUUUCAGGUUUACUGGAGUUUGUGUCAUGCAAGAAGGUUGUGCUGAAUUUACUUGACGGUGGUCAGGUAGGAAAAAAAAAGGGCCAAAUCGAGUUCAAAAGUUUAAUACUGUAUUUCAGUUUCUUACAAACUAGAAAGUACUGCAGAAAUGUUUGGGGAGGGUCAGGGGUGGGGUGAGGUGGGGAUUGAACGGGGCAGGGUUCGUACUCCUUUGAGCUCUUCAAAAUCUAUGACUUUUUCCUUGACCUUAGGUUUGGCUGACCCCUUCAAAAAUUAUCGCAACUUCCCUUGUGUUAGGGUAUUUUUUGACCUGACAGUUCAACAGACACAAAUUCUAAUGUCCACCAAAAUGUGUAACAUUCAUGCUAUUCAAUCACUCCUCUCUAUCUUACAAUGUCCUUGCUUUGCAACCUGCAGUAACUAAUCUACUACACAAAACUUUAAUUUUCCAUGACUUUCACAGACCAACUGUUGAAUUCCAUGACUUUCCAGGCCUGGAAAAUAAAAUUCUUAAAAUUUAUUCUAUGUGUCUUUCCAGGAUUUCCAUGACCAGUACAAUCCCCAGGGGAAAGGAAAGCUAUAGGGAGAAGGGAGAAAUGGCAAAAAACAGUGGGAAGAGGGAGAAAUUGAUGCAAAAAGUGGAGGGAAGGGAAGAUUUACCCCAGGUCAGGAGGGUAGUCUGGAUUACAAGUGACAGGGAUGAUUAAAGGAUUUUUUGGGGUUUGAAAUUUUCGGUUCCGGGAUUUUUUUGGGGAGGAAAAUUUGGCAAGUAUUUUUUUGGUGGAUUGAUUCAUGAUGGUGCCCGUGUUGUUCUGCGAUUUAAGGACACAAAACUUUUUGGCCCCAUUCAAUCAUCCCUGUCACUUAAAAUCGGGAGAUUUGCCCUCCUUUCCUCCCCUCCUCUCCUUGAGACACUUGUAAGAAGUUCAAUUUCCACUAACUGACCUUACCUCGUUUCCAAGGUUUCUCACCUCAGGGGACAAGCAAAUGGAAGAAUGUGGUCAGGAUUGACCACAGUUUGUUUUAUCUUUAAGUGCUCCUUUUUUCGAGGGAGGGAGGAGGAAAGCUCUAGUUUGUUGCCUUGCUGACUUUCUUUGACAGACAUUGUACUAGUCUACAUUCCUAUAAUUUUGUUUUCUUUUUGCAGAUCCCAACCAUAAUGGCUGACAGCACAACAGAUCUGACCAUAAAUAUUCUGCAACACUCCCAGUUUGAGUCUAUUUAUCUUCACCGCUCAAGCAACAUUGAAGUGUGUCUACUUGGUGAAUCCCCUGUGAAUCAUCCAGUCACUUUCCCAGAAGGGGUUUCUCAAGACUUCCAGUUUUUGGUUCAUUGGGAAAAAGAGGGGGAAGAUGAAAAGCUUGUUUGUGAACGAGUUAUCAGGGAGGGGGUGUUCCCCACUACAGAGCGAAAGUUGAAGGAAGACAAAGAAAGGACAGCAAGAGACAUGGAGAAGUUAGCAGUGGCUCUUGUAGAUGGAAUAAAAAUCCUACCUAAGGGACAUCAACAAGGAAAACCAAGCAAUGGAAAGCAGGGUAAUUGAUCAGAUCCUUCACUGCACUAAAGCAAUGGAUGCGUAAAAGUGCUGUCUCAUGAACUAUUGCACUGAUAUUUCAUCAAACAUUUUGUUAUCUUUGGAAUAAAACAGCAUUGAACAUAGAGUCAGGGACUGACCUUAUUCUCUUUUGAAAGAUUUCUCAGAGAAAACUAUUUUGCAAUCAUAGAUUGUAGACUCAUCUGGUAAAACUAGGACUAUAAACAAGCGACUAGCACUUUUGUUUUAUGCAUUAUUUGCACUACUGUACCCUGACUAGAAUAUUUUACAAUAAUUUCAGGGUGUCAUAAUGGAAGAAUCAAACUGAUUUAAGUAUGGAAUCUAGCAUUAUUUUAGGAAAAUAAAACAAGCCAAAUAAUAAUCAAAAAAUAAAUAAAAGGAUGGUUUACACUGUUCCACCUUCUCUCUCGCUUUUUGUUUCCCUUAUGUACCAACAUCAUGUUUACAUGUGUAAGUAUUUAACCAAGUGGAGAACUUCUUGUCUCAUCUUCGGUUCCAUGUUACAAAUUGUAUGCAUGUACACAUGUUAUGUUUUUAUUCCUUGACAAUGUGCACAGUGUAUCAAAGACAGCUGAAAAAGAAACUACGUUUUCAUUUGAGUCACACACAGCUUUUGACAACAUAACCUUCAUUCUGUCUUACUUCUUCCGCAUAGGUUCUGCUCAAGCAAAACCUUCCUCAGUGAAACCCAGUAGCAAUGUCCCUAAGCCAUCUCCUACCGGAAGAAACUACCCAAACAUUGAGGAGGAAGAUGAGAAAAAAGAGUUCUUUGACACUGAUGAAGAACUGGAGAAAAAGAUUGACCUUCUUGCGAAAUGGGUAAAAGAGAGUAAACACUGUGUAAUGUUCACUGGUGCAGGAAUAAGUACAAGCACUGGGAUCCCUGAUUUCCGCAGUGGCAUGAACACUGUGCUUAAGACAGGCCCUGGUGUCUGGGAGUUACAAGCAAAAGGUGUGUCACGUAAGCCAGGAGCAGCUCUUCCUAACAUGCUAAAAGCCAUACCAUCACUUUCCCAUAUGGCUAUAGUAGAGAUGCAUAAGGAGGGCAUGGUCAAGUUUACUGUGAGCCAAAAUGUGGAUGGUCUCCAUUUACGCAGUGGCAUCCCCAGUAAUGAGCUGGCUGAACUUCAUGGAAAUACAAAUUUGGAGAAAUGCACUACAUGCGGAGCUAAGUAUCUGAGAGACUUCAACGUACGCACUGCCAGGUGGGUUCAUGAUCACAAGACAGGCCGAUUUUGUGAUAACCCAAAAUGUCAUGGGCCACUGGUGGACUCAAUCAUAAAUUUUGGGGAAAGCCUUCCCAGUUAUGAACUGGAGGAGUCUUAUCGGCAAGCAAAGAAGUCUGAUCUGAUCAUCGUGCUUGGUUCCAGCCUUCGUGUCAAUCCCGCUGCUGACAUUCCUGCCGAGGCUGUCCGUCGCAAACAGAAGCUGGUCAUCUGCAAUCUACAGAAAACACCUCUGAGUCGUUAUAGCUCCCUUGAAAUACACAGCCAGAUAGAUGCUGUUAUGAAAGGUCUUCUGGAUAGGCUUGGCUUGGAGGUCCCACCGUUCAGAGUCCAGCGACGCUUCGCCAUCGAAUUAAGCCCAGAGAAAGUCUUGAUUCAAGGCCUUGACCUGGUGUGUGAUACCCCAUAUUCAUUCUUCAAGCAUGUGUUACUGCGUGCAUCUCAGGAAGUUAAAGGAACCAAGAAAGUCAUUGAUGAAAAAGUCCUUUCUAAGGAGCCUCUUGAAAUGCAAUUUAAAAAAGGGCUCACUAUCUCGGAAGAAAAACCCUUGAUAUUAGACAUUGAGUUAGGUUUCCAUGGCCAUUAUGGUGAGCCAAACAUGUCAUUCAGUGAUACCAUAAAAUGUCCUGGGAAGACCAUAUUUUGCACAGAGUAUGAUCUCACUAAUGGACAAUGGUCCCUGAAAAAGUACUAA